AUCGAUUUUCACUUAGUUUUCCUCUUUCUCGGCCCUAUCUUAAAUUUUUUUUUAAAAAAAAACUCCAAUUUGCACUAAAGCUCGAAAUUGGGAAAAGUUCAAAAACAAAACCUGAUCCCUUACUGGGAGGUUAUGAGGCUGAAACUGAGACAACAUUCAAGUGAAGUGAUGACUAAUGAGCAGCAAAAUCUUCUUCUAACUUCUAUUUCUUCAUCUUCUAAAAUUUCUCUCUGCACAAACACAAUUAUCCAUGGAAGCUGCCAUUAUUUUUCUUCAUUCAUCCCCUUCAUUUACUCCCAAGUCUACCCAUUUGAGAAAUAAUGGUUCUUCUUCUCCUUCUGCGUCCAUGGUUAAUGAGCAAACAUCUUUUGCUACUUCGGCACCCAUUUUUUCCUCGUUAAGGCAAUUUCCUACUUCUGUUCUUUCACACGAGCAACGUGAUGAAAUCAAACCAUCCUUAUCAGUUCCUAAAGGAGAUAAUACAUGUCAGUUACUGUCCACUUUAGAGGGAAAGAAGAUCGAGCACGUGCAACCUGCUCUCGAGCACCUGAGGGAUUAUGAACUUCCGCUUUGCGAUUGGUCUGAUUCGUCAUUCUUGUUGCCGUCUUUUGGAAAUGAGGAACCGACUACCUCAGUUGCCGUGGAAAAGCCUCUAGACCCGAAGUCAUGUGACGUGAUUUUCCUUGCCGAAGAAGCGCUUUCAGCCUCAAAAUUUGCUGUAUCCUUAGCCGAGAGCUCAGAUGCUCUUGAUGCUGAUACAGAUGGAUCCCUUUCAUCCAGGUUGAGCAAGUCUUUAAGAGCGGCACCAAAAACAGUAAGGUCUUCUCGGCUUUUAGAAAGAAGAGCCAAGAAAAGGAGGUCCUCGAAGCCUAGAGUAAUUCAUGACACGGGUAGCUCUGAAAAGAUCGAAUCAAGAAGAUUAAAUGAAGGAUAUGAUCCCAACGAUCCUCUUCGGCUAUUUUUAUGGGGUCCAGAGACGAAGCAAUUGCUAACCAUACAACAAGAAAAUGAAUUAAUUAGAGACAUACAGGACCUCAAUAAACUCAAUACUGUGAAGCAAAAGCUUCAAACACAAUUCGAUCGUGAGCCAACAUUUGCCGAAUGGGCUCAUGCCGUUGGGCUGAGUUCCGUGGAAUUGCAUUCAGAGAUUCUCUCCGGGAAGAGAAGCCGUGAAAAACUGAUCUAUGCUAAUUUCCGUAUGGUGGUAUAUAUAGCCAAACAAUAUCAAGGCCGUGGCCUCGGUCUUAAGGACUUAUUGCAGGAAGGAAGUAUGGGGCUAAUGAAGAGUGUGGAGAAGUUCAAGCCCCAAGCGGGCUGCCGAUUUCCUAGCUAUGCAUAUUGGUGGAUAAGGCAAUCUAUUAGGAAGGCCAUUUUUCAACAUUCAAAGACCAUCCGUUUGCCGGAGAAUAUGUACAGUCUCCAUGUCAAGGUCAUGGAAGCUCGAAAAUCGUUAAUCCAAGAAGGGCAUCAACAUCCGACAACAGAAGAAUUGGCAGUCCGUGUAGGAAUCACAACUAAUAAGUUGCAGAAUUUGUUAAUCCUUAUGAGAAAUCCACUUUCGAUGCAGCUAUCCAUAUGGACAGAUCAGGAUAUCACUUUUCAAGAAGUUACCGCAGACACUAAAAUCGAAAACCCAGAUGUAUGCGCAGAAAGACAGAUGAUGCGGAAACAUGUACGCAACCUUCUUUGUACCCUUGCUCCCCGAGAACAGCAAAUAAUCAAGUUAAGGUAUGGUAUAGGAUCUGCUUCGGCUUCUGGGAAACGGAUGUCCUUGUCGGAGAUUGGAGCAAUGUAUAGCUUGUCUAAGGAAAGGGUCCGACAAAUAGAAAGUCGAGCGCUGCACAAGCUUAAGGAAUCACUUGACAGCCAUGGCUUAAAAGCAUAUACAGAUUUAGUCCUUUAAAGCAAAUCUGAAUGGUUUUAUUCUCAUUGUAUACUAGAUUGAAAAGCCUUAUGGUUGAGCUUUUACUGAUAAAAUUGCUACCCAUUUUCUUUAAAUGGGUUUUCAUGUAAAUUUAGAUGAAAUUUGUGUAUCUUAUUCUUUCUUACAGGCUGUACAUACAAGUAUAUCACAUAACUAACAAUUUUAUUUGUGACUAAAAAAUUUCCAUGCUUAAGAGAUAGAUCAUAGUUUCAUAACUGUUUCGUAAUACAAAUUUUGCUUGCGUUUAAAUUUUUA